AUGCCACAAUUACAAGGACUGUUCAAUUCAGCAAUUGAGCCCCUUCCUGCAAUUGAGGACCAACAUUUCGCCUACCAUUUCGAUACCUUCGCGGGCAAACAAGUGAUGCUGUUAGGUGACGGCAGUCACGGAACAUCCGAAUUCUACUCCGCACGAGCAGAAAUUACCAAGCGACUCAUCGAGCAUCAUGGGUACACCAUGGUAGCAGUGGAGGCAGACUGGCCGGACGCAGAAGCGAUCGAUCGGUACGUGCGCUUGCGCCCGGGGCCAAAGUCACAAAUUGGAGGCAUCGCAAAGGGAUACGAGCCCUUCAACAGAUUUCCAACAUGGAUGUGGAGAAACUCCGAAAUGCAACGUUUGGUAGAGUGGAUGCGUGGUCGAAAUCAGCGCCUGCCGCCAGAGAGAAGGGCAGGGUUCUAUGGGUUGGACCUGUAUAGCAUGGGAGCUUCGAUUGGCGCGGUGAUUGAUUACUUGGAUCGGAUAAAUCCACAGGCAAGCAAGCUCGCUCGUCGGAGGUAUGGGUGUCUAGAACCCUGGAUUGAUGAUCCCACGACCUAUGGUCUGGCAUCCCUGCAAGGCAUGGAAGAUUGUGAAGAACGUGUGGUGAAGAUGUUGUCAGAUCUUCUGGAACGACGGAUUGAAUAUGCUCAGCGCGGCUUGUGUGAUGGCGAUGAGUAUCACAGUGGUGAGCAGAAUGCUUAUCUAGUUCGUGAUGCUGAGAAGUACUACAAAGCGAUGUAUUACAGCUCUGCAAGCUCGUGGAACUUGCGUGACAUUCACAUGUUUGAAACCUUGGAAAGGCUGUUGCAGCACCAUGAGGGACAAAAAGCUAUUGUCUGGGCACAUAACUCUCACGUUGGAGAUGCACGCUAUACCAGUAUGGGUAUUCACCGCAAGGAACUCAAUAUUGGACAGCUGUGUCGUGAGCGAUUAGGUCACGAGAACGUGACCAUCCUUGGCUGUGGCACUCAUACUGGGACGGUCGCAGCUGCUCAUGAGUGGGAUGGUGAUAUGAAAGUGAUGAAUGUUCGUCCGUCUCGAAAAGAUAGUUGGGAGAUCAUUGCCCAUGAUACUGGGGUAGCGAGUUUCGUGCUAGACUUGCGUCGGGAUCGUAUAGAUGCUUCUCUGUGGUCUGCUCUGUCCGCUGAGCAGCGGCUUCAGCGCUUUAUUGGAGUUCUUUAUCGCCCUGAUACUGAACGCAUCUCACACUACUCGCAGGCGAUUCUACACAAGCAGUUUGAUGGAUAUAUCUGGUUUGAUGAGACUCAGGCUGUCAAUCCUCUCGAGAUCAUUCAGCCUGACACGCCGCUUGGAAAGGGUGAAACAUAUCCAUUUGGGCUCUAG